GUAGCUCCCGCUCCUGCUCUCGCUCCUUUCUUUGCUCCUGCUUCGGCUCCUGCCGUCGCUCCGUUAUACGUUGUACUACUCGCACAAAAGAGCAGCGACGCAACGCGACGUCGACAGCAGAGCCGACGCGUCGGCAGCGGGGGUUGCAGCCGAGCUGCUCUUUAAAACCAGCUGCGCUCGGAUCGAGAACUACAUUUGUUUUCUGUUCGUCGUCGUGUCAACAUCUGCGCCUCGAGCUGCCUUCGUACGGUAGUGCAGUAUUUUUGUGUGUGUGACUGUGUUGAAACGAUUGGAUAAAGUAAUAAAAACGCAGCACACAAAGAACUCACAAAGUAAAUGCAACAACAAUGUUAAAACGGACAAACUAAUGCAACAACUCUCAAAAUAAAUAUGCAAUAUUAGUUAUUAACAACAUAUAAGUAUUUUACAAAUAAACCACAACGAAAAAUCAACAACAAAUGCAGCAACAAACUACACAAAGGACUACACACAACAAAAAGCUGCUAAAAUCGAACUAAAAUCGAACUCAAAUACGAACUAAAAUCAAUUGUAAAUGUGCGUGUGUCAUCAAAAUAGUGCGAAAAUUGUGUUAUAGCAAUUUUCCAAAGCAAAACAUUCAGUGGAAAUACAUAUCUUCAAAAUAGCAAAAGUAGCAAAAAGCAAUAAAAGCAACAACAAAAUGCUGUGGGAAACAAUUGCCGAAGAGAACAACUGCACCAUGGAUUGCAAUAUCAGCAGCAAUGCCAACAGCAACAACAAAAACAGCGCUAACCGCAGCGUUCGUCGCUCCUUGGCGUGCAACAACAACAACAGCAAUGACGUCAUGGCCAUGGAUGCCAUGGACGAGGAGCUUUCCUUCUAUGAUGACGAUGCACUGGCACUACCUCAACAACGUGCCGUCAGUCCGGAACUGCUCGGUCUCCUCUCGCCGGAGGGUUCACCGCAGCGUUUCCACAUUGUGCGCCAGACCAAAAUGCUGCCGUCGACAACAACAGCAACAACAACGACAACGACGGCAACAGCGACGCCAGCGCGCAGCUUUCGGGUCUUCAACAGCCUGUCGUCGACUGGCUCCAUGGAGUCCUCCAUGGAUGAUGAGUACAUGGAGCUGUUUGAAAUGGAGUCGUUCGCCGGCAUCCAGCAGCAGCAGCAGCAGUCUGAAUUCGCCUUUCCCAGCGGCCUCAACUCGCUGAUCAGUGGCCAAAUAAAGGUGACACCCAAGUCGCCGGUUUCCCUGACCAUGAUGAUGCGGCGUCCGUCGGUGCGACGCUGCCUGAGUAUGACAGAGACAAAUAGCAAUCAGCUUGUACAAUCACCACAACAACAACAACAACCAAAGACGCCAGAGACUGCACGGGACUGCUUCAAGCGUCCUGAACCACCCGCAUCGGCCAGCUGCUCGCCCAUCCAGAGCAAGCGACACCGUUGCGUUGAAAAAGAGAAUUGCCCAACACCCACACCUGCACCCACAUCCACAUCCGCAUCCACCAGUAGCCCCACCAUUUCCCAUGCACCACCAUUGCGCAAAUGCAUGUCACUGAAUGAUGCAGAGAUCAUGUCCGCAUUGGCACGCUCCGAGAAUCGCAGCGAACCGGAGCUGAUUGGUGACUUUAGCAAGACUUAUGCCCUGCCUUUGAUGGAGGGACGCCACAGGGAUCUCAAGUCAAUCUCCAGUGAUACAGUGGCACGUCUGCUGAAAGGUGAAUUCGAUCAGCAGGUGGCCAGCUAUCGUAUCAUCGAUUGCCGCUAUCCGUACGAGUUCGAGGGCGGACACAUACAGGGUGCCAAGAAUCUGUAUACACACGAACAGAUACUCGAGGAAUUCCUAACCGCGCAGCAGACUGAGCUGCAGCAGCAGCAAAACGCCGAUGCCGGCAACAAGCGCAACAUUAUCAUCUUUCACUGUGAAUUCUCCUCGGAGCGUGGCCCCAAAAUGUCACGAUUUCUACGCAAUCUGGACCGUGAGCGCAACACAAAUGCGUAUCCGGCCCUGCACUAUCCCGAAAUCUAUCUACUGCACAAUGGCUACAAAGAGUUCUAUGAGACACAAUCCGAGAUGUGUCUGCCGAGCGCAUAUCGGCCAAUGUUGGAGCCAGCCUACAAUGAGGCGUAUCGCCAUUUCCGUGCCAAAUCCAAGUCAUGGAACGGCGAUGGUCUCGGCGGCACCACGGGUCGAUUCAAGAAAUCACGCUCCCGACUGAUGCUGUAAAUGUAAAUAUUUUAAUUGGGUGGCAACUCUCGACACAUUUGUAAAUAACAAAACAAGGCAUAUUUAUUUCAUUUAAACAUUUUAAGUUGAUUUUGUUGAUUUUCGUUUGUUAAUUUAAUAACAUUUAAGCCCUAAUUUUAAGCACACCCAAAUCAUACACUCAGACAAAACACACAGACAAUUGUACAUUUGCCGAACAAGAACAAUUUGAUGUAUUUUUAUUAGUUAUUUGGUUCAAUUUAUUAUUGUUUUUAUGAAAUUUUUGAUUUAGUUCAAUUUAUUUAGAGAUUUAGGUCGAAUUUUAACGUAACAAAAAUGUGCAUUAUAAUCUAAACAAAAAGUUAAUGUCAUAAAAUUUUAAGCCCUCCGAUUACAGUCCCAACAUACAUUACAUAGUUGAUAAGCAGAAAAACAAAUGGCUAAAACUAAAAAAAAAAAAAAAAACCCAAAUCGCACAAUCAUCAUACACAUACAAAAACACACACAUUUUAAUGAUAACUUUAGAUUUAUAAGAGUUGAAAGUUGAAAACUUCUGAUAGGUACAAUUUACGCUUAUUAUUUGUUUAUUUUUAUGUAAUUAAACCACAGUAGUCCCACCCCUCAACUCCCCCAAGAAAGUAAAAAACAAGUUUAUUAUAUAAUGAUUAUUUUAAGCAAAGCUUAUUUUUGCAUCAAAAAAGGCAAUAUUAUUGAACAAAGGCGUAAAUUUUAAAUAUAAAUGACAACACUGAACUGAAA